AUGGAGCUGCGGUCGGGGCGCCGCCUUGUCCCGCCGCAGAGAGGCGGCGUACGUCGCGGCGGCCGUGCUCCGCGCCAUACGGGCCUCGGCGGCGGCGGGGAUGACCGGCUCAGCGCCAUCCCCGAUGGGGAGCUGUCGUCGCGAGCCAUGGAGCUGCGGUCGGGCCGCCGCCUCGUCCCGCCGCAGGGAGGCGUCGUACGUCGCGGCGGCCGUGCUCGGCGCCACCGCGCCGACCGCCUCAGCGCCCUCCCCGACGAGAUCCUGCUGCAAGUCCUCGCCGCCCUCGGAUCCACCGCGGCGGCCGCGCGCACGACCGUCCUCGGCCGCCGGUGGGCCGGCCUCUGGCCGGAGCUCCACGUGCUGGCGCAGGCCUUCCGCGGCGUCGAGCCCGCAUGCACGUUCCGCGACGUGCUCGCCGGGGGCCGCCGCCGCCCGGACACCAGGCACCUCGUGCUCCACGUCUCCAGGCGGGACGACGGGGUCGUCACCGCCGCGGAGGUCACCUCGCUGCUCCGCGCCGCCGAGAAGCACAGGCCGCCGGAACUCACCCUCAUCGUGGGCGGGGCAAGCGAGGAGGACCGCCGUCUCCCGUUCGAGCUCCCUUGCUUCGCGACGGCGACCUACAUGGAGCUCCAGAUCUGGAGGCGGAGCUUCACCCUGCCGCCGGCCGGUGAGUUCACCCGCCUAGAGAGGCUGUCUAUCUCCCUCUGCGUCGUCGACCCUAGCGUCUUCCUCGACCGCUGCCCAUGCCUGCGCAAGCUUGUCAUGGACGGCUACUGGGAGCAGGACGCAGUCGCCGUCCGCUCGGAGUCGCUCGAGGAGGUCGUCAUCAAGGACUUGCCUCUCGCCGGCGGCGGCGGCGGCGCGUCGCGGCGUGUCGACGUCGUGGCCCCACUUCUCAAAAAGGUCACGCUGUUUUCCUGUGGGAAGCGGGGCCUGGUCAUGAAGUUCUCGGACUCGUCCAAUAAUGUUGAGAACCUCUCGUACAAGUAUUACUCCAUGUCGUCUUGUUCCGUUGGGUCUGGUUGCUGGCGUCUCAAGGGUCUGGACAUGGCCAUGGCGGUCGAGUCAUCGAGCAGCGGAUACGGGCCGGCCAAUCUUGUCCGCGUGCUUUCGCUGGAGAUCAUAGCCCUCAACGAGCCGUAUCAUGCUCGUGUGAACCGGAUCUUUGCUGAAGAAAUAGCAUGCCUCCCAGCGAAGAACUUCUCUGUUUUGAAGCUGGAACUGCCUCUACUGGAUGGGUUUGUUGUUGGGCCACUUGUGUUUCACCUGCUCAGCACUGUCAGUGUUAUUCAAAAGCUGCAGAUGGUCCUAUCUCCAAUCGCGACAUCGUAUGCCCGAAGGGGUUCUCGCAUCCGGGUAGAUCAAGAUACCUCCUUCACUGAGCUUGAAGAGGUCGACAUCCAUGGCUUCGAUUGUUUUUUGAAUGGGAUUCUUGAGGAAUGUGAAGACAAUCUGCCCCAAGGCCCGUCGCAUGUAGGCGGUAUGAUUGGCUGCUAG